AUGGCGCGCGAUAUUCGCAGCCAGGCCCUUCAGCGCCUCGCCGGAUUGGCCGCGAGGAGCCCGCAAGUUACAUUCGACAAGUCUGAUAUCGACAAGUUGUGUAGGGCGAGCCCGAGUCGCCACGCCCUCGUCUCUGCCUCCAAUGGCAACGGCCGGGAUGUAUCGCUCCCUCGGCCUGACGUUGGCCGUAUUCUAAUGGUAGUCUCCUCCUCUUUUUCGACACCGCCGCGCACCAACCGCGAGUUCGAGAUCCUCCUCGCCCUUUGCAAGACGGCGCCGUCCUUGCCAACGGCUCAGGGUGCCCAAAAGUUGUCGCAACACCUUGUACCGUACCUCCUAGACGCGCACAUCCAAACGUUUGCCCCGUCCCCGUUUUUCCGCAAGAUCGAACCCUCGCCCACCGAGUCGCUCAGCUUCCAUCUCACCGCUGCCCUUCUUUCUUUGGGAACACGCCACGCUGAUGUCCGUGAAGCGAUAUCCGACAACAUUACGACUUUCCUCGACACUUGUGCCGAUGUUGCCGACCGUGUUCUGCAAGCUGAUGAAGACGAAGACCCGGGUAAUCUGGAGGACUCUGUACGGAUUGCAACCAUUGCCAUCGCGCUCCUGGGCUUUUUAGAUGCCGCUUCCGCGCAGGCCGGGUUUUGGAAGUCGGGCAGUCGUCUUGGCGUAGUAACCCGUGUGAGAGACAUCUUUUCCCAGCCAUUCCUGGUUGCUGUGGAAGCGGCCUUGUCCACCAUCCGAAACGCACAUUCUCACGACCGCCAUGUCAAGGAGUGGAAGCGAUGGGUCCGCCAUUGUGAUAUGGACGGCCGUCCGCUGGGGGCGUUGCUACUCCAGCGUAGCUUCAUGAGGUUGCUUGUAGCUGCCACGUCUCUCUUGGUUGCCGAGGAGGACGCCUUGCGGGACUCGCAUAUUCUCGACGCCAUGAUGUCAGGCAGUGGCCUCCGACGGCCCCUCGCUGCCCACAGCCCCGAGGCGGAUUCUGCUUCGGUGGAGUUGUAUGCGAAUGUCGCCGCUGACCAGAUGCACGACCUGGAAUCCAGUGCCGACUUUGACAGUCUAUCGCCGGCCAAGCAAAGCCUUGCCUUUUCCGUGAAGGCCUGUGCCUUAAUUAGCUAUCUUAAUGCGUGUACUUUGAUCGACGAGGCCGCCGAAGAGGGGCCCCUUGUGGCAUGGCUGGAAAGCUCGUUGAAUAAUCCCACUGAGAUGGCCGACGAUGAACUUGGCGCGGUGGUCCUCAAGUCCAUGGCGUUGCUCUGCAGACUAUCCCCUUCGUAUGCCGCCACCGUCACGCAGAUUUUGCCUCGCUUCAUCGUGCGGGGGAAUGCUAAGAACCAGGCGGUUGCUGUGGCAUCGACAUGCCUCGCGUUUGCCUUGCAAAAGCUGUCCCAGGAUGCCGCCAUUUCGACACUGUACCGCCUUGGUAAUGUAUUGGGCCCCGCCGAACCGGACGCCAACACUAGCACUGCGGCUUUGAGUCCUGCUCCCGGUACCGAUCGACCCUUGACAAGCGGGGCGGGCGCCCUCGGCGGACAAGGCCUCUCCUACGUUUAUGGGGGGGCCAGGCACUCCACUGGUAGUUCCAUGUCGCUCCAACUGCCCAACGAGGAGGAGAAGUUCGCUGUACGGGGGAAUGUGGUCCAGGCGAUCUGCGAAAUCGCGAUCUCUUCGAGUGACGACAAGAUCACAAACCUGGCCCAGUCAAUGCUCGCGCAGAAGCUUGACAAGCUCAAUGGGCCCCUUGAUACUCGGAUCAUAACGGGUGCCGCUUCUCUAGCUCUUAGUGGCGGGCCCGCACAGUUUCUCAAUCUCUUGAAGCGUUACGUUGCCGUCGCGCAUGACGCCGUGGUGGAUGGUAGAGAUGACAUAUUGCAAGCGAUUAUGAAAGCACGGAACCACAUCUCUGCGAAUAUCAAGAGCGACUCCCCCUUGUUUGCGCCAUAUCUCCAGGAUUUGCUCGGUGGUAUCGUCUCGCAAGGCGAUGCGCACGCCAAACAGAGUCCGCAGCGUUCCAAGGAAUCCGAUGUCGAACUGGCCGCCCGGGAGAUUGCCCAACUUCUCCCUCCCCUCGCCACGCUCAUGGCCGCGAACCAGGCGCUCUUCGGCGAGGCUCUGUCCGAUAAAAUGCGCUCAUUGCUUCGUGACGCGUGGUUCAACAUCGCUGUCCACGGCUUCAAUUACUCCACCAACCGAGGAGCGCAGAAUAUCAAAUACCUGCAGAUCAUCGCCAUCCACUCUCCGCCACUGGUCUCCGAAAACCGAGGUGAACAGAACGAAAGCGAUAUUGACCUCAACCCCAUCCUCCGCCGGGGUGAGAGCUCCGAGCAGGAGUCCCUGCAGAAGAAGCUCCUCAUCGAGUUGAUCCCAGCGAGGAGCGGAGAGAUCAAGGGCCUCAGCUAUCGCAAGACCAUAUUUUUGCUCGCCGCUUACCUUGUCGAGAGCUUGAGAGCGGACUCUGGUGACUGCACUCAGGCCUUGUCGUACUUUCUGGAGCCCAGCAUGCGGCGAGGAGAGGUCAGCCGUACAAUGGACGCCAUCAUGCAUGCCGUCGUGGACCGAUACAUGGAAGAAACCUGCACUGGUCGUAACCCAACCUUCUCUGCUCAGUAUGCCGCAACGCAGCUUGCCCGCAUCUUCUGCAGCUGCUGCCAUCGCAUUGAGCGGGUACAGCAGGCUGCCUUUGGUUGUGCCGACCGCAUGCUAGCGCGCAUCCCGUCGAUAUUGUGCCAGCGCUCAUCUCUUUUCACGCUCCUCGAGCUCCUUUCCCUCAUGUGGUCCAGCUGCCUCGAGGCAGAGACAGACCGGUACGAGCCGAGGACGACUUUCAGAUCCCCGAGGGGUGACGUUGUUGUUGAGCUCUCGGACGACUACCAGUUCAGACAACUGACGCUCGACAACCUUCACAAGAAUGCGAAGGGCUGGCUAGCAGGGGCGAUAGCGAUAGCCCCUUCAGACGUCAAGGGGCUCUUGCAGACGUAUCUCUCUGACUUUGACGAGGAGAGGGGCUACGGCCACAUGUCCCUGGGAAGGUCGUUUGCUCUUGAGAUAGGCUCGACCAUUCCCUUCAGCGACCAAAGACUGAUAUCGCUUGACACGCUCGGCCGCUGCCCGAUCAAUAUGGCCUCUGAUUUUGUGGCCCAGUACACCACUCGGCAGGAGUAUCGGUGUUCAGAAGCACCCGCGGACCAAGCCCGAGACUGGAAAUCCUUUGUCUAUCCUGACCGCAGAUCCUCCUUCUCCGCUGCACCUGACAACGAGAGCGCCGACGCCAUCGCGGCCCUCGCUCACAUUGAAGAGCGCAUUCUUGGGCGGAGGGCCGCCAACUCUCUCGUCGAGGUGAGAGACGCCCUGCGCCGAGCUGCCGCGCUUCUCUGCCGCAGCGAGCGGGAUGAAUGCUCUAUCAUCCAAUACCUUGUGAGCAUACCGUUUGCCUUGUUCACGAAGCAGUCUAUCAAGCUGGGCAUCUCACUUUGGGUCGGCGUGAUGAAUGAGAAUACCAGGAUGGCGCCUCGGCUGCUAGCCGAAAUUGUUUACCGGUGGGAGGCCAGCAUCCAGAAACGCCAGGGACUUUUUAACCCGUCCAUCACAAAUCCCGAUCCGUUUUUUCUUAGACAGGAGUUCGCUCCUAGCGACAAUGCCGCCCUUGCGAAGCGGAGGCAAGUUGUUCACAACCUGCUGGCCCCUCACUCGCAUCUUCUCCAGUUCCUGAGCAGCCACUAUAAUGCUACCCUGUUGGGCAGCCUUGACACGCAUUUCCUCUUCCACCGUCUGCUCCAUGCAACAUUCGCCGCGACGAAGAAUUCGACACCCCACCCCAUGGCCCGGGAGAUCCGACUCCAACUAGUCCUCUUCGGCCUCAAGGUGCAUAACACGACGGCGACGAUAAAAUCAAUCAGCCAGGUUGUACACCGUCGCCUGCGGGAGCAGCUCUUAUCGGCUGGUCUCGGCUGGUUCGAUGCGCCGCCCCGCUGGUCCUUUGGAAGUAAUAUCUUGCAGCUCAAGACCGAGAUCCGCUUGAUCGAAGAUGUUUUAGUAGCUGUCCAUAACACAGCGGUUCAUGACUCUCGGACUGGGGACAAGAGUAUGGUAUAUGGUGCGAAGCAGAAGCUGCUUACCCACCUGUUGGAAAGCGAGCUCUCCCGGCUUCAUGUUUGGACCCGCCCAGUUGAUGCUGCGAGGCAACACGCAUCGCUUUACCAUGCAGGAAAAGAGAACGUGUUUGAGACCGAUCCCAAGAAUCUGGUUGAGGUUGCCUGGAUGGAGAGCCCAUCGUUGGCUGUACAUUUGGCCACCAGAUUCCCGUACCCGCUCCUGCAGAAAGAGGUCCGACACCUCCUGCUUCGAAAUCCCGGCAAGGCUACUGAGGAGCCAGAGGCACUGCCGCUCCUCUUCAACGGUUCCUUGCCCAGUGAUGUCUCGGAGGCAAUCAAGCACCUUCUUUUCUGGGCCCCCGUAAACCCUAUUACCGCCGUGACUUUCUUCCUCCCAGCCUACAAGAAUCAUCCGUACCUGAUCCAGUACGCGAUGCGGGCCCUGGAGAGCCAUUCGGUGGACGUGACCUUCUUUUAUGUGCCUCAGAUUGUCCAGACGCUUCGAUAUGACGCACUAGGUUACGUUGAACGUUACAUCCUUGAGACUGCGCAGUUUUCGCAGCUUUUUGCGCAUCAGAUCAUCUGGAACAUGAAGGCCAAUGCCUAUAAGGACGACGAUUCGCAAAUUCCCGAUGCUAUCAAGCCUACUCUCGACAAGGUCAUGGGCCACAUGGUCGGCAGCUUUUCGGAUGCCGACCGCGAUUUCUACGAAAGGGAGUUUGCUUUCUUUGACGAAGUCACGAGUAUUUCGGGGAAGCUCAAGCCCCUGAUCAAGCGCCCCAAGCCGGAGAAGAAGCAGAAGAUCGAGGAGGAGCUGAGAAAGAUCCAAGUCGAUGUGGGCGUCUAUCUACCCAGUAACCCCGACGGUGUUGUUAUUGGUAUCGAUAGGAAAUCGGGCAAGCCACUUCAGAGCCACGCCAAAGCCCCUUACAUGGCGACUUUCCGCAUCAAAAAGGAAAUAAGCUCGAUCGACGAAGCUGCUGAGGAAAUGCUCGAAGAGGAGGGCAAAAACAAAGAGACAAACGGCCAACCGAGCACUAUCGAGGCCUGGCAAUCAGCCAUCUUCAAGGUGGGCGACGACUGCCGACAGGAUGUGUUGGCGCUGCAGAUGAUUGCUGCGUUCCGUGGCAUCUUCCACAGCGUCGGCCUCGACGUGUAUGUGUUCCCCUACCGCGUCACUGCCACGGCCCCCGGUUGUGGCGUUAUUGAUGUCCUGCCCAAUUCCAUCUCGCGGGACAUGCUCGGCCGCGAGGCGGUCAACGGGCUGUAUGACUAUUUCGUUUCCAAGUACGGCAACGAAGACUCGCUCCGGUUCCAGCAGGCGCGGAACAACUUCGUCAAGAGCAUGGCGGCGUACUCGGUGAUUUCGUUCCUUCUCCAGUUUAAGGACCGGCACAACGGCAACAUCAUGAUUGACGACGCCGGCCACAUUCUCCACAUCGACUUUGGCUUCUGCUUCGACAUAGCCCCCGGUGGCAUCAAGUUUGAGCGCGCGCCGUUCAAGCUCACAUCGGAGAUGGUAGCCGUCAUGGGCGGCAGCGCUGAGCAUCAGUCGUUUAAAUGGUUCGAGGAGCUGUGCAUCAAGGCGUUUUUGGCGUCGCGGCAGCAUACGGAGAAGCUUUCGCAGAUCGUGCUGCUCAUGAUGGACAGCGGGCUGCCAUGCUUCAAGCCAGAAAGCGUCAACCAUUUCAAGGAGCGCUUCGUGCUGGAGAAGAGCGAGCGCGAGGCCGCCGAGUUUAUGAAGGCGCUCAUCAAGCGGAGCUAUGGCAGCUACUCAACUGGCAUAUAUGACCAGUUCCAGCUUCUCACCAAUGGAAUUCCGUACUAG